GGAUCCACGGGAGAGAGGAGGCCCGGAGGAGGGGCUGGUGGGCCAGGCUGCAGCUGGGACAGUGAGCGGUGGUGGAGAGCGGAGUCGCGAGGCUGGGGCUGAGGCGAAGAGACACGCGGGAACGAGACCCGUGACCGUCGGCGGCGGAGGGGCGGCGGGUGGGUCUCUCCUCUAGGGCGCCACGGGGACGUGCGCGCGCCCUCGGCCUCGCGCCCCGCCCUCCCGUCCUCCCCGCGCCGCCUCCCAGCGCCAUUCCCUGAGUCCCCUCGUCCCGGCCAUGGAGGGUCUGCUGCUGCGCCCGGCCAAGUGCUACCGGGUGGUGCUGCUCGGCAGCGUGGCGGUGGGCAAGACGGCGCUGGCCACGCAGUUCGCGUCCGGCCGCUUCCCCGAGCGCUGCGAGCCGUCGGUGGAGGAGCUGUUCAGCAAGGUGAUCGAGGUGAACCGUACUCCCGCGCUGCUGGAGAUCGUGGACACGGUGGGCGCCGAGCACCUGGUCACCCUCAAGGACCUGUACAUCAGGAACAGCGACGGCUUCGUGGUGCUCUACAGCGUAUGCAGCGAGGCCUCGUUCCAGGCCGUGCGGCCGCUGCGCGAGCGCAUGGGCCGGCUGCGGGGCUCUCGCGCCGUCCCUCUGGUGCUGGUGGGCACCAAGGCCGACCUGGACGCCGAGCGCCAGGUACUGACGGCGCAGGGCCGCGCGCUGGCCCGAGAGUGGCGAUGCCCCUUCCUGGAGGUCACGGCCAAGAGCAAGAUGAUGGUGGACCGCGUGUUCACGCAAGUGGUACGCGAGAUGGAGGCCUUGGCCCCGCCGGAGCAGCAGGCACCCCGCAUCCCUAACGCCCUGGAGAUGUGGCCGGCCGAGAGGUUCAUUGGCUAGUGCCUUGUGGUCGACCGGUUCAGAGCCUUUUCCAAAAACGCUUCCGAACCGUAAACAAGUGGCUGCUUCUAUAUUUCAUCCCAAAGGUGCUUCAAUCUGCCUACGUGUCUUUCUUCAAUGUUUGGCAAAAAACUUUUCAACUCCCCCCUCCUUUGACCUCCGACUGUGCUAUAAGAAGAAACCAAAAAUUGCAUUUUUCUGUAAAGAGAUUUUACAGCCCCGUUCUUCAAUCAACUUGUUUCUGAACUCCCUCCCCCACCUCCGUCUAAUUUUGUAAAUAGCAACUUGUGAGCUUUGGAUUGGCUGGGAGUCUGCACUAAAGACAGGUUUUCUUCAGUUGCAGGAGGGUUUGCUCUCGCCUUUUUACAGCCUUGAAUCCAACAGUAAGAUUUUCCUCAACAUGAAUUCCUAAAUAUAGUUAUGACUUAUGCCGGGUUGGUUUGAAAGGGGAUACUGUAUGGGGGACAACUGUGCCCACACACAAAGAUAGCUCAGCCCUGCCUUGUAAUUGACAUUUAGUUGGUUUCUACGUCCCUGCAUUGGAAAUAAAAUUAGAAGUUGGUAAUUUUUAA